AUUUUCUGGCAAUCAGUUGACAAACUACAAAAUACAAGAGUAAUUUAACAUUUUUUCUUGGUGUGGACCCGUGCAUUGUGCAAAAUGUUACUACUACUUGCUUUAAUUAUUAACCUUUCGGGAAUACAUUACUCCUCAUCCCUGGACCUGCGUCCCGUGGUCUCCGGGAACCGUAUGGCAGGCGUGCCACUGGGCCGCUCGCUGGGCGCGGGCGAGCUCGACGUGGAGGGCGUGUGCGUGCGCCAGGGCGUGACCUGCCAGAACUGCUCGCAUGUGGUCACUUGCGUGCAGCUGCCUGUUGGCUGGUUGAAGAUCCCCCUGCACGAGUGUCCGGCGGGAGAGACGUGCCACGCGCGCCUCGGCGGCUGCUCCCCGCGCCCCGUGCCCGAGUGCGAGCCGGCCGCCAGCAAAUACGAACAUGUUUGUGAACAGGUGGGUAUAUUCCCUGAUGCCCUCGACUGCCGCAAGUUCCACCUGUGCGCGCCCCCGCGCGACCUGCCGGCGGGGCUCCCGGCGGACCGCAGCCCCGCGCUGUGUCCGAGACACUACGCCUACGAUGCCAGGACUGCGCAGUGCUCGAUAAAACUGGAGUACGGUCAGUGCGAGAGCAAACCUGUCCCGGACUGUAAAGCGGUCGGCGAAAUGAACGUCCUCCCAUCAAGCCCCAACCACUACUACUUCUGUCUGCCCAGAAACGGACUCCUACUGCCACAAAUCUUCCUCUGCCCUAACGGCUGGUUCUUCUGGGACGGAUUCUGCCAGCCGGAACCGAAACCGUACCAACCAAUCACAACGCCCACUUCAACAACCGAAAACGCAGUAACCACCCCCGAAGUUACAGAGAAAACGAACUCGCAAUAUAACUGGUUAAGCUUCUUUUCCACUGAACGGUCGACCACGUACCCUCAAGACACGUUUUUGGCGGAUAAGUUUGAUCUGUCCAAUUAUGAGGCGAAGGAUUCGAGCGCGCAGUCGUUCCAGACUUUUGGCUCUUACGAGUCUUUGGAUAACUCUUUUGAAGCCGGAUUUGGAUCUAUAGAUUGAAUCGGGUGCUUGUGAACUUCGCUUUUAAGUAUAGGUGUAUGAAAAUUUGAAUUGCUUAUGUAU